AUGCCUAUGCAUAGUUUGGACUGUCCUAGGUGUUCUGAUCCUCAGAAAACUAUUAUGCAUGCUCUGAUCACUUGUACCUUUGCUAGUAGAGUCUGGUUCAUCUCUGAUUUCAACAUAAACACUCAAUUUUUUCAAAACAAGUCUUUUAUUGAUUGGAUUCUAUUCCGGUUUAUUGAUCCUCAAUCUAAACUCUCUGAGGAUAACCAAAGUCUCUUUGUGGCUAUCUUAUGGUCUCUUUGGACCAGUAGAAACAAUUUCAUCUUCCAAAACAUUAAUGAAAACCAUACUACUGUCUUAGCUAGAUCCAGAGUUAUGCUCCUCACUAGGAAAACUAGUUUGACUAUCUCUGCUAUUACUUCUGUCAGUAUUUGUGAUAAAUGGAGGCCCCCCUCUUUUGGCUGGAUUAAAUGCAAUAUUGAUGGUGCCUUUGAUGAUAUUUCUGGAGCAACUGGUGCAGGGUAUGUGAUGCGAGACUUCUCAAGAAAAGCAACCUUUUGUGCAUCCUUAGUCUUUGAAGAACAUUUUGCUGAAGAAGCUGAAGCAAGAGCCAUCUGGGCAGUACUGAAGAAAUCUUUUGAGCAACAGUUAACUCAUAUCAUCAUAGAAAGUGAUGCGAAAUCUCUUCUCGACCAAUUUUCAGCUGGGAAUUUAGAUGGGGAUUCACGUACGGAUGCUAUCUUUAAAGACAUUCACUUCUUUUCUUCUAAAUUAACUGCCUUUACUUUGAGUUUCCAACCUCGUUAUUGUAACUCUGUAGCUCAUGAGCUCGCCCUAUGGGAAAAGACAAACAAUUCUACCAUGUACUGGUCUACCCCUCCUGUUUGGAUUCUACCAACAAUUGAGGAGGACUAUUAG